UCUUUUAAACUUUAUACAGGAAUCAAACUUCACUGCUGUUCUGAAUGUGGUAAACGGUUUUCAAAGAGAAGCCAUCUUCAGACCCACCAAAGAAUCCACACAGGAGAGAAGCCAUAUGACUGUUCUGAAUGUGGUAAACAGUUUUCACAUAGAAGCAGUCUUCAGAGUCACCAAAGAAUUCACACAGGAGAGAAGCCGUAUUUCUGCUCUGAAUGUGGUAAAAAGUUUACACAGAGAAGGAAUCUUCAUAUCCACCAAAGAAUCCACACAGGGGAGAAGCCGUAUUGCUGCUCUGAAUGUGGGAGAAAGUUUUCACGGAACAGCCAUCUUAAGAGCCACCAAAGAAUCCACACAGGAGAGAAGCCAUAUGACUGUUCUGAAUGUGGCAAACAGUUUUCAGAAAGAAGCAUUCUUCAGAGCCACCAAAUAAUUCACACAGGAGAGAAGCCAUAUUGCUGCUCUGAAUGUGGCAAAAAGUUUUCACGGAAAAGCCAUCUUCAGAUCCACCAAAUAAUUCACACAGGGGAGAAGCCAUAUGACUGUUCUGAAUGUGGUAAACAGUUUUCACAUAGAAGCAGUCUUCAGAGCCACCAAAGAAUUCACACAGGAGAGAAGCUGUAUGACUGUUCUGAAUGUGGUAAAAAAUUUUCACGGAGAAGGAAUCUUCAUAUCCACCAAAUAAUCCACACAGGGGAGAAGCCGUAUGCCUGUUCUGAAUGUGGUAAACAGUUUUCAGAAAGAAGCAGUUUUCAGCACCACACAAUAAUUCACACAGGGGAGAAGCCAUAUUGCUGCUCUGAAUGUGGAAAACAGUUCUCUUACAGACAUAAUUUUCAGAUACACAUUAAAACUCACUCGGGAGAGAAGCCGCAUUGCUGCUCUGAUUGUGGCAAAAAGUUUUCACAGAGCAGCCAUCUUAAGAGCCACCAAAGAAUUCACUCAGAAGAGAAGCCAUAUGACUGUUCUGAAUGUGGUAAAAAAUUUUCAUGGAGACACAGUCUUCAUAUCCACCAAAGAAUUCACACAGGAGAGAAGCCAUAUUGCUGUUCUGAAUGUGGUAAAAAGUUUUCACAGAGAAGCAGUCUUCAGAACCACCAAAGAAUUCACACUGGAGAGAAGCCAUAUUUCUGUUGUGAAUGUGGUAAAAAGUUUUCACAGAGAAGCAUUCUUCAGAAACAUCAAAGAAUUCACACAAGAGAGAAAAAAAUGACAGAAACUCCCCCACCUUGUCCACAGAUGAACACAGUACAAUGCCAAGCAGCAGAAGAAAGAAUUCAAAAAGUUUGAUGAAAACAAAAAAGAUGUAAUUGGGGAAAGUACAAGUAAAGUGGUAAAUACACAGCCCCCCUCCAACAGCCUCAUGUGGAAACA